GGCGAUUACCCCCUCUCUCUCUCUAGAAAAUGCCGAUUCUCUCUCCUCCGACGUCACUUCACGCGCCACCACGGAACUCGAUAGUUCCUCCGAUGUUCUCCUCCUCCUUCCCCGUCUCCUGCUGUCGAUUCUACGCUUUCCACUACGAAUCCAAUCACCCUUUGUCUUCUCCAAUCAAUCUUCGCAGUCCAUUCCUGCCAUCCCUUCUAAGCCCCAGCGCUCGGCCUCGCCGCCACCGCCUCGGGGCUGCUCGUGGUCCGCCCUCGCCGCCGGAGUCCGGUCCUCCGCCCAAAAAUGGCUCUCGUGGGCUCAGAAGCGUUGCAGCAUCUUUAUCUAGAUUUCAGGACAGUGUGCAGAUUUUCUUUGCAGUUCUUUUCUGGAUGUCUCUGUUUUUCUGGGCCUCUGCAUGGGACAGGAGAAAUAGACCAAGCAAAGGAUCAAGAUCUAGAAGAUGAACUAGUUAGUUCUGUUUUGUACAUAGUACUUUUAAGUGCAAUACUUAAAGUCAUACGAACGAUAUUCAAAUAGAUGGUGGACACUGCUCCUAUUUUCUUCUUACUUAAUAUAUACAAGUUCUGUAACAAUUGCAAUUAUGAAACUUAUGCAACGUAUACAUUCAAUU